AUGAAUUUUUGUCUCGUUUUGAGUUUUUCAGAGGAAGACAAGAUCGGAACCAUCCAACCCCACGACGAUGCGCUGCUGAUCACCCUCAGAAUCGGGGACUACGAUGUAAGAAGAGUGAUGGUAGAUGGCGGUAGUGCGGCCGAGGUUAUGUACCCUGACCUCUACAAGGGGCUGGGGUUAAAACCAGAAGACUUGAUGCCCUACAACUCCCUUCUGAUGAGCUUCGAUGGGAAACUUGUCAUCCCAAUGGGCAUGAUUAGGCUGCCUAUUCAGACCGGCCCAGAGAUAGUGAAGGUGAACUUUAUCGUGGUGGACAUCUACUCCCCCUAUACGGCCAUCGUCGGUAGACCUUGGCUCCACACCUUAGGAGCUGUUGCUUCCUCGUUGCACCAGAAGAUGAAAUUCCCAUCGGGGGACCAAGUUUUUGAAAUCCGGGCUCAGCUACCUCUUCAGGAGAAUGAGGAGCUUAUUGAGUUUCUUACAAGAAAUAUUGAUGUAUUUACAUGGGAUACCUGCGAUGCCCCUGGGAUUGACCUAGCCUUCAUCUGCCAUCACCUCAAUGUCAAACCGGCCAUCACUCCCAAGAAGCAACCACUUCGUCGCCCGUCAAAAGAGCAUGCCGAUGCGAUUAGGGACGAAGUGAUGAUGCUUAAGCAUGCGGGGGCUAUCAAGGAAGUCUUAUACCCCGAAUGGCUGGCCAAUACUGUGGUGGUCAAGAAGAAAAGUGGGAAAUGA